AUGAACCCGUAUCAGCAAGGCCAUUCGGGAUACAAUUCGCAACCGCGAUACCUCCAUAAUAUUGGAUUUAGCAACACAGCUCCACAAUCAUUUGGGAAUCCGCUGCCGAUGCCUGGCUUUCCCACUAUGGGCUAUCCUGCGCCUCAGCCUGGGUACGGCCAGCCCAGCCAGGGCAUCCCACAACACAGUACUGGAUACCCAAAUAGUCAAGGCUAUCCAAACAGCGCUCAAAGCUAUCCAACUAGUGCUCAAGGGUAUCCACAACCUGCUCAAGGCUACCCACAAGCAGCUCAAGGCUACCCACCAGCUGCUCAAGGAUACCCACAAGCUCACACUGGGUAUCCCCAGGCAAGUCAAGGAUAUCCUCAGACAAAUCAACAUCAAGGCUACCCUUCACAUAUUCAAUCUCAAUCUCAAAUUCAACAAGCAUAUAGUGUAUCAUCAAACCCAAUGGCAAACACUCUAAAGUCUAAACCUACCGUCGUGCCAGCUAACCCCUUCGACCCGCGUGAAGAUGCUGCGGUGCUUCGUAAAGCGAUGAAAGGAUUCGGAACGGACGAGAAGGCUAUAAUUCAAGUUUUGACACGGCGCAGCAACGAACAACGUUUACGUAUCGCGUUCGAGUUCAAAACUUUGUAUGGAAAAGAUUUAGUGUCAGACUUGAAGAGCGAAACCAGCGGCAAAUUCGAAGACCUAGUAGUGGCGCUUAUGACACCACUACCUCAGUUCUACGCCAAAGAGCUGCAUGAUGCAAUUUCCGGCAUCGGCACCGACGAAGAUGUCCUCAUCGAAGUUAUGUGCACUAUGUCCAACCACGAGAUUCAUGUCAUCAAGCAGGCGUACACAGCCAUUUACGGAACGCUGCUCGAGGAUGAUCUGCGCGGUGACACAUCAGGAAAUUUCAAACGGCUUAUGACGUCUUUAUGUAUGGGUAAUAGAUCUGAAGACUUUCAUGUGGAUCAACAGAAAGCCAGAGACGAUGCAAGAAGCCUGUUGCAAGCCGGUGAACUCCGUCUUGGCACUGACGAAUCGGUGUUCAAUGCAGUGCUCUGCUCCCGUUCGUUCCCGCAGCUGGCGGCCAUUUUCCAGGAGUACCAUAACCUCACUGGCCAUGACAUCGACGACGCCAUAAAGGCCGAGUUCUCUGGUGAUAUGGAGAAAGCUCUGAGAGCGAUUGUGAAAGUUGUCCGCAACAAGCCGCUGUUCUUCGCAGAGCGCCUGCACAAGUCUAUGAAGGGACUGGGAACCAACGAUCGGCAACUAAUACGUAUCAUGGUGACUCGCUGCGAAGUUGACCUCGGCGAUAUCUCUAACAUGUUCCAGGCUAAAUAUGGCGAGACCCUGCAGAGCUGGAUAGAGGGCGACUGCUCCGGUCACUACAAGAAAUGUUUGCUGGGACUGCUGGGGCUUUACUAA